AUGUCAUCCAGCAUCCAGUCAUUGUUGAAGACCGAAAAAGACGCCGCCGAGAUUGUCAAUGAGGCUAGAAAAUACAGAACUACGAGGUUGAAGAGCGCCAAGCAGGAUGCUCAGAAGGAAAUUGACCAAUACAAGGAGCAAAAGGAGAAGGAAUUGAAGAAGUACGAGGAGGACCAUGCUGGUUUGAAUGACUCCAUCGAGAAGGACGCUGAUGCUCAGGUCGAGAAGGAGUUGCAAGACAUUAAGAAGCAGUACCAGGCGAAGAAGAAGGAUGUCACCAAGAUUUUGAUUGAUGCUGCCACCAACCCUACACCAGCGAUGCACACCAACGCUUAA